AUGGGAAUACCAUUCCUCACACGUCAUUUGUAUCCGUUUGCGGAGACAAUCGUAUUCGGAGAGCCUCAGAAAGUCCAGCGCAAACAAACAGAAUAUGUCGAGGCUGUUGUAAUAGAUGGACCGAGUCUUGUUUACCAUGUCUCCAUGCGCCUGCUAUCGCUGUCCAAUGGUUCAUCACAGCCAACAUGCGAUGAAGUGAGUUGUGCGGUAAUGGUCUAUCUCCUGCAACUGAGCAUGCUCGGCGUAAAAAUACACAAGAUAUGCUUUGAUGGGGCCUUACCCGAUGAGAAGCGGGAAACGCGUCUUGCUCGACUGGAGAGGUCAAGGAAAAAACUCGUGACGCUCCGGACCAAUUCACCGCACUGCUUUCAAAAGUCUAGUAGCCCACUCAGGCCUCGCUCAAUAAGCCCAAAGAACAUUUUGCAGAGACGGAGUCUACCGGCAAAAUAUGCUAAUAUUCCCGAGAAUCCCUUCAUCGUUCCUGCGGUUUUCGAAGAUCUCAAACGUCGAUGGUGCAAGAAGAACAUAAAUAGCGUGGUCAAAAACGUUCCAGACCUGAGUACUGCUUCCUUAAGCGACUUCCCCUGGGGAGAUGCUGUCGUGAUGGUCCCAGGAGAAGCAGAUACAUAUUGCGCCCAUGUUGCUAGGCUCACAGGUUGUGCUAUACUCACCAAUGACUCGGAUCUUCUGCUUCAUGACCUUGGGAAACGUGGUUCUGUCGUCCUAUUGGAUUCAAUCGAGCCAUGGACGUACGACGCCUCUCAACAUGGGCAUCCCCUGAUACGAGCUUUGAGACUGUGUCCAGAUCAAGUUGCCCGCCGGCUAGGUCUGACAAGCUUGCUUCCUUUAGCUUACGAGUUGAAAAUCCAUCCUGACACUGGUUUAAAGCAGCUAAUACAGCAAGCAAAGGAUACAGACGACUCCACCGAACAUAAACCGGGAUAUUGUCAAUUUGCAGAAGAAUACCAGAGCAGUCCGAGUCUUGACCAGGAAACGCUAUAUGAAAGCUAUCCCCAACACCUUGAUCCAAGGAUAUCAGAGCUAUUUUCAUUGCGUGGAAGAAUCCGGGACUCCUCGGGACAAUUAUGCAUGUAUCUCGUCGUUUUGAACGAGGAUCCUGCGAGACAAUGUGCAUGGGCCCAGGGCAAGCUGUAUAGAAGCAUGGGGUAUUCCGCUCUCAAUCUAUCUUUCUCUGACGACGAAAAUUGUGAUUUCGUCGACGAGUAUGUACGACGAGGAAGUAGAAUUACAACAGACCGCAUCUCACUGGGAAAUAGGGAGUGGCUUCUGCUGGAAAUGAAUUCACUAUGUCUACUUUUGGACACAGUACAUCUUCAAUCAGAGCUUGAAAUUGCUUCGCCAGCAUAUUGGAGAAUCCUCGCCUUAUAUAUAAUCCACUAUGAGCAAACCGGUUCUGCUAUCAAUCAUACAGAACGUCUAAGGCGACUGUUAAUGCUGGGAUACGGUGACAAUCUUGAUUGGGUUGAUGUCCAUCUAAUAGCGCAGAUGCAAUCCGUGCUGUAUUCCUUGAGAAUUCUCGGGCAAUUACUUGGAUUGACCGGGUUUAUUGACAAUCUAACACUUCGAACCAGGACUCUAUUGGAUAACUUGCCUCCCCUCUCUAUCUUGAUGAGGCCUGGACACGAAAUGGCCCAGGAAUUUCGCACUGGUUGCUCCGUCAAUGAUCAUGUAGAUCGACUUGUUAAGCUCAUGGGAAAAUGCUCCGACGAAGACUCUGCACAAUACGUGGCAAGAUCGCACACAGAUCGAGAUGAUUCUGUAACCCCACCAACAGGGAUGAAUGGAUUUGGGGAUGUUCGAGCCAGUCGACCCACCAGGACGCUAGCUAAUAUGUACGAACUCCUUCCAGAGCAAUGAAAUUUACAUCCCGCUGUGUUUAAACAUCACUAUAAAUCAAAUUGAGCAAUAAUGAGGGCCAAUCAUGUUAGUUCGUGUAGCCCGACUUUCCAGAAAGUAGAUACGAAAAAAUAUCAGCGUGUGGACCGCAAGAACCCAACCACUCCUCUGCAGUAACCGACCAAUUUAGCUAAGCGCUGUGCCUCUCGCUGCAGUGCCUGACUCCAUCCGGUAAGUGCAGACUUCAAAGCGUUCUCGUCGUCCGCAUUGGUACCAGAGCAUUCUGCCACAAUAUCGGCAUGUAUUCUUAGAAAGACCGCCAUCCAUGUGUUGACGAGCUCAAAGUCUCUUCUUAAACCCAGGCGAGUAGAUAAC